AUGGCCACGGCAGACAAACUGAUUCAAGACCUGCAGGGUCUCGAUGCGAAGACAUUCGCGACCGAGGCUGAGCGUGUACGAGCCAGAGAUGCCCUUUUUGGGGCCCUGAGACGCGUUCAGUCUCCAUGGGAUAUAGUGUGGGAUCAAAACUGGGUAAACCCAGCUACCAAUGCCUCCGUCAAGACUCUCAUCGAUGCAGGCAUCUUUUCGAAGUGGGCAGAAGUGGGAGGCACGCCAAAAACAUCUGCCGAGCUCGCUGAGCUCGUGGGAGCAGAUGCCCUGCUUAUUCGGCGCAUGAUGAGGCAAAUUUCGGGUCAACAUCUCGUGACUGAGACAUCGGAGGACACCUUUGUUCCAACACCCUGGGCAAAGGCACUUGCCGAGGACCCUGCAUUAACAAGCGUGUAUGGCAAGUUCUACUCUCGGCUUAAUAACCCCAUGUUCAUGAGCCUGCCGUACUUUUUGAAGGAACGGGGAUUCAACAACCCGACAGACGUGACAGACUGCAAUUGGCAUUACUGGAGAGGCACCAAGGAUGGAUUCUUCCAUGAUGUUGGUACCGAACCAGAGCUGGGAGCUCACUUUCAUGAUGCUAUGCAAUGCCACUCAAAGUACAACCUAACGCCUUGGCCGGAGGUAUACCCUACGGAUAAAAUUCUGGCUGCUGCCAAGGAAAAGCCAGACCGGACUCUGGUGGUUGACAUUGGCGGCAGUAAGGGCCACGAUCUCGAAAAGUUCUACCUUCGUCACCCUGGUAUCCCGGACGGUAGCCUCAUUCUACAGGACUUACCUGAAGUUGUUAAAGACUUGACGCUUUCCAAAGCGAUUACGCCGGUGGAAUAUGACUUCUUCACAGAGCAGCCUGUCAAGGGUGCAGCCGCCUACUUCAUGCAUAAUGUUCUUCAUGAUUGGGCGGAUGAAAAGGCGGUAUCGAUUCUAAAAAUCGUUGCAGAUGCAAUGGAGAAGGGCUACUCGCGACUACUUAUACACGAGAGUCUCAUUAGCGCUGUGAAGCCCCUAGCCAGAGUGACCACAUCUGAUAUCACCAUGAUGGCUUGCCUGUCUGCUCAAGAAAGAGAUGAGGGCGAGUGGAGAAGAUUGAUUGAAAAGGCUGGGUUGAAGGUGAUUAAGAUUUGGAGGCCAGCACAGUCUGUGGAGAGUGUUAUUGAGACUGAAGUGGCAUGA